UUGUACCUUCGUUCAAUCAACCAUCUGCGUAGACACGGUCCAACGUUCCUCUGUCAUUCGUCUUUUCUGCCAUCUCUAGUCAUGGAUUUCUCACAGCUCAACUCCGCUGAACAGGCCCAUAUGACCAAGAUUAUCGAAAAAAAACAGAUGCAAGACUUCCUACGUCUAUACUCAGGCCUCGUUGAAAGAUGUUUUAGCUCAUGCUGUAAUGACUUCACGAGCAAGGCAUUGUCUUCGAAAGAAGAGCAAUGCGUUAUGAAUUGCGCAGACAAAUUUUUGAAGCACUCCGAGCGGGUGGGACAGCGAUUUGCCGAGUUGAAUGCAGAGGCUAUGGGUCCCAAGCCAUGAGAAUAAAACCAUGCAAUCUAAUUCGUGUGCUAUGUCGAUGCUAUCAAGGUGCUAUCAUAAUUUCAUCUUUUUGCGUUUGAUUAGCACAGCGACUUUGUCGCAAUCGCCCCAAAAUCCACCAUGCUUGCUUGUUUAUUAUAAUCGGACCUACUGACUUUGACCUGUGGCGCUGGUCCACGACUACCAUCUAUGUAUCCACCAGGCACUUUAUGGUUUCCUCGGCAUUUGGUUUAUCGUUUCGUCUAGAUGUUGCGUUACUUCCUGUUAUUUGCGUUAAUGCGAUGAUAAGCGUUGUGAGAACGCUAUUUCAGUCUC